AUGACCGCAGUGCUUGACGAUCCCUCUGUUGUUCGGAUUGACCCAAUGACUCUGGCCGCACUGCAGGACACCGGCUGGUACACGGCUGACCAGAACCGGGCGCAGUGUCUGGUCUGGGGACAAGGUAAAGGAAAUAGGUUUGGCUCACCCUCAACUUGUAAAAACAACUCAGCUUUCUUUUGCUCUGGCAAUGGUUUUGGGUGUCAUUAUCUUCACCUCCACAAGGGGCAGUGCCAGUCUGAUCCUUACCUGGAUGGAUGCCGCAUUUAUAAACCAAUCCUCAAUGGAAGUGAGUGCUGGUUGACGGGAAAUGCCCAACAGGCUACACAAGAUGAAAUGUUUGGACAUGAUAGCCGUUGUUUCUUUUCAACUCUCAACAAACAGAUCAAAGGAUAUAAGGGCUUCAUUUGGUGCCCUGACAAGAGACUGUGUGUGCCUGAUAUUGCUCCUGCUGAGUUUUUGUCUUAUAACACAAGCAAAUCAGAGAGAGUAGUUUGGCCAUUUUGGAGGACCUCUGCUCUAGUCAUUGUUGUUUCGGCCUUCUCCCUGGUUCUGGUUGUGACCAUUUCCUGUCGUUUCCUGUCCUGCUGCAAGAUAGUUGGACCACAUUUACAUUUGGAAUAA